CAAAAAUCUUGGGAGAAGGAAAGGAAUGGAAGGGCGUACUUUUCAGUGCAGAAAAAUGUGAACAAAGAUAGGUGCACUUUUAGGUGUAUAAGAAAAUAUGUUGUAGGCUAAUCUCAAAACUGAGACUUGGACACUGUGGGCUGAGGAGUGGGCUGCCUGGCUCUGAUUGGCAAACACCGAUCGCGAGUGUGAGUGUGGAGAUAGAGAGACUGUGAAACAUGUUACUCCUCCAGUGUAAACUCUAUUCCAGUCAAAGGAGGACUCUUUUCCGGAAACUUGGAUCAGCUGGGUAUCAGUUUUUAAUAUGCGCACUCUUCUGAAUCUGGAUUCAUUGGUUAAAGCAAAGGAUUUUUUGGAUCACCUUCACAACACUGGAAUAUAUAAAAUAAUUUAGAGGGAAAUAACGAACAGUGGGGGGCAGCAAUACGUCGUAGCUGCGUCAAAACCGCCUAAACCAAAGAAGAAGAAGAAAACAAAUACGGCCAAAUAUAUGUGCUGAAAAUCAAGUCUUGCCUUAAAUAAUGGAUUAAAUCAUGCUUCCCGCUGCAGCUGUUGCCUAUUUCCCCUGGGAAAUAAACUCUGGUUCCCUGCAGGAAGGAGAAUCCGUAAGAACAUUUGGAAGAUUAUUGUACUAUCAACCCGAGGAGUCAAAAGCUACACUGACUACACGGCAUGCAUCAGCACAGCACAAAGUGAUCGUUCACACCUUGUUUGUGGAGCCAUUUAAUGCCAUCAUAGGAGCCCAGUACAUGGUUCUGGGGGAAAUUGAAAACUGCGAGGGUGGCGUGGUGGUCCGGGCCCGUGUGCUAAACUGUGUUGAUGGUGUGAACCUCGCCCUCUUUCAGAAAGCGGUCAAUCAACAGAGGAGCUUUUUCCGAGAGUCGGAGAGCAAAGCAAUGCCACCUGACUAGGGUCUGCCGUUUAUACAAAAGGGUCUGGUCUUAUCUUCUUCAGUCAGUCCCACAGCUAUUUGUUUAUGUCAAGGGCUCAGGGUUGUGUUACGGUGCUGGUUAUGCUGGACAAAUGGCAACCUAGAAAGUAUUGUUCUGCGCUUUUAUGUUGAGUUCUAUAACCCUUUCAGGACAUAUACAGGUAUUGACUCAGGUGUUGUUGAUAUUUCUUUAUUUCUUUUCCACAGAAAGCAAAAUACAACUAUGGUUUAUUUUGUUUGUGAUAACUGGUUGUACAGAUGUACAUUGUAUAAUUUAAACGUACUCAUAUUAGUUUCUUCAUCAGGUUUAUAACAAGACUGGAGGAGUAAUACAAAAAAACUAUCUUGGUUAACAUUGCACCAUGUCCCUUCUUCCACAAUAAAACAUUUAAAAACAAA